AUGGAUCACACACUCAGCCAGGGCUUCCAAACUCUUUAACAUUCCGCACCACAUACCCACCAUAGAAAUCUCUAUCACUUCUAAUGGCGACCCUCCUUCCAACAUCUCCUCAAUCCCUCUUCUUCUCAUACCAGCCCUCCAGCAGGUGGGCCCACACUCCUUAUCCCACUCUCAUAACAGGGCCAUUUCCCAGGCCAUUCCUCUGCUCUUCUUCUUUUUCUUCUUCUUCACCACAGCCUACUGUAGCUGUUGUGGAAGAAGUGGUAGAAGACUCUCCUUCUCCUCCAUUGGAUGGAGCUUCUGCAGAAGACGAAUCCGCAAUCGGAACCGUUGAAAAUCUCCAACUAAGGGGGUGUAAGGCCUGUGGGAGAGAGGAAAUAGAGAAGGGCUGCAAUGGUGAGGGAAGGAUUCAGGGGGGGAUAGCAACGGUCCCAGGCUUUGGGUGGUGGCCUAUAAAGGCUUACAGGCCUUGCCCGGGAUUUGUGGAAUCUGGUGGGAGGUAUAGGCGACGUGGACAAAGCAUGGAUGAGGUUGCUUUUGGAAGGGAGGAGAGGGAAGAUACCACGGGGGGCAUGGACGAGGUUCAAUCAAGCAAAAAAAAGCAAAGUUCAAGGAAGUUCAAAAGAUAAGAUUAGAAGGAAGUUCUCCAUCGAAACAACUGAAACUACAGCUACAUCACAACAUCCAAGUUUGAACCUUUGAUGUUUUUGCAUGAAAACAUAGACAUAUUCAGAUUGGUAUGUGGCUGUUUGCUUUCUAUAUUUUCAUGUUUCUUAAGUCGAAGUCAUUGAAAGAAGAAAGCAAGAUAGUUUUCCAUAUGUUGAUUGAGAUUCCGACUCGUAUUAUCUAUGUAUCUACUUGUCAAUGCUGAAAAUUCACAUCUUUUAUUA